AUGGUCACCGGUCUCUUUGCACCGUUGCUCGGAUUCUUACUGGUCAGCAUAUGUGUGCUAGUACUUCUGGUUGCUAUCGUUCUCGGCGCUGUGUUCCUUUGCCUCGUGGCGACCGCAGUGUUGCUAUCGCGCUUUAAGGGCAAACAGCGGCAAGCCGAUGAUGGCGAGCGGACAGCAAAAUCAUGGAACCAUGAGCGCUUGACGACGUUGCUAAGAUCGGGCAAACAUACGAUGCCGUGUGGCAUUGUCAAUGUUGACGUGUUUGAUCGGAACACGGAUUACUUCAUGCAGGUGGCGGCGAGCCACGGGAAGCGACUACGCAUCGCGACGAAAAGCGUCCGCGUGCCGGAGCUAGUGCGACGAGCGGCAGAGAGGCACCCAGACACGGUGAUUGGCGUCAUGUGCUUCAGCGUGGCGGAGGUGGCCCUGUAUGCCGUGCACGCGUCCACCCGCAACAUUCUGCUGGCCUACCCGCUGGUGCAGCCCGCCGAGCUCCAGCAGCUGUGGCAAGCCGGCAUGGUCCAGCGGCAAGCUGUACUCACACAGAUGGUCGACUGUGGCGAACACGUACGCCUGAUCGGAAUGUGCUGGCUGCAGAACGCGCACAGAACGCUCCAGGAGCAGGUGUACCGUCCGGUCAUGGCUCGCCUGUGCAUUGACGUUGAUGUGGCCUUCGCGCCACUGCCGAUUGUUUACAUUGGAAGCCAUCGUUCGCCAUGCAGAACACCCGGCGACAUUGACGACAUCCUGAACCAAGUUGCCGCAGUCAACAGCUGCUGGGAAGCAGUUUGGAAGGAUGGCGUAGCACCCACAGCAUCGUUGUUGGCACAGCAUGCAGUCCGUAUGAAGGCAAUGCCCUGGAGUGAGAAGACAAGUCUACUGCGUGGCCCUCUCGUGACGGUGACGUCUGUGAUGGGAUACGAGGCUCACAUAGCCGGAGUUCCCGAUGCAAGCGGGUGGACUCCGGCACGGAAUAUCGCCGUGCGCUUCAUGAAGUGGUGGUCCGUUGGAGAUGUGAAGCACAAGCGUGCUGAGCUGUGCGCUCACCUUCAGGAACGUGGGAUUGACCUGGAGUUUGUGAACGGUGGCGGGACAGGCAGCAUUCUAUCCACCAUCCAAGACGAGCGUGUCACCGAGGUAGCAGUUGGUUCCGGCCUGCUGCAGAGUCACAUCUUUGACUUCUUCACGGAGAAUUCUGCCGAGCCAGCGCUGGUGUUUGCCCUCGCUGUGACCCGGAAAAGUCACACAUGUGGGUCGGAGAUCGUCACGUGCCAGUCUGGGGGCUUCAUAGCUAGUGGAGAGGUGGGUCGUGACAAAACACCGUCCGUCUUUCUGCCAUCCGGCUACAGAGAGUUCUCCACCGAGGGCUUUGGUGAAGUUCAGACUCCCUUGUGUAAACUGUCACCUUCCGCACCCAGCCUGUCCGUGGGCGAUUAUGUCUUCUUGCGGCCAGCGAAGGCAGGGGAAAUUGCGGAGCGAUUCUCCAAGUACUUGUUGGUGCAUGAUAAUGAGGAUGGUGUGGAAGAGGCACUAACUUACAGAGGACUGGCUAUUACAGCCUACUGA